GUCCAAAGUUCUCCAGGACCGUCCAGGCACAAUCUCAACCCCUUUACCCACUCCAUCAAAGCUCGAUAUAUGUCCUCAGACGUUCGAAGAUGGCGAAGCGAUUGAUCCUCAAGCAGCUCUACGAUCCCGCCAAGGCGGGGCAGCCCUGUUCGGUGGAUCUCGUCCUCGUUCACGGCCUCAAUGGGGACCCAAUUCAGACAUGGAGUAGCCAGGAAGGCGCCAAGGGAUGGCCGCAAACCUUGCUGCCGGAGAUCCAGCCGCAGACGAGGGUUCUGUCGUUUGGGUACAACGCCGACAUCUACCGCAGCAACUCGGCCGCGGGGAUCCGAGACAACGCGAGAGCUAUGCUGAGCCAGCUGAGGGCUCUCAGGCGGGGCCCACAAGCAACCAAGCGGCCCAUCGUCUUUUUCGCUCAUUGCCUCGGGGGCCUCAUUGUCAAGCAGGCCAUGGCAUUUGCCAACUCGGAGCGCGAGCACAAGGAAGUUGCGCUGGCAACAAAAACCAUUAUCUUUCUCGGCACCCCGCACUUUGGAGGGGAUAAGGAGCGGUGGAAGUUCCUGGCCGCCCCGUUCGGGUUCUUCGCCGACUCCAAGAACGGCAAGGUUUCCCCGCUCGUCAACGCCAUGACGAAGGGCGCGCCGGACAUCAGCGAGAUCGAGGAGGACUUCCGCCACCAUGCGCGCAAGUACAGAAUCAGCAACAACUACGAGACGGACAUUUGCGACGGCACCGACCGGCUCAUCGUCGACCAGACGAGCGCGAUGAUGGGGAUCGAGGACGAGCUGGAGGCGAUGGGGGGGAACCAUCGCACCAUGUGCCAAUUUGAGGAUCCCGACCACCCGGAUUUUAUGCGCAUCUGCCAGCUGAUUCGAGAUGCUUAUGUUGAUGAAGCCCCCAGCGAAGCCGUCGCGCCGGUUCCCCGCCCGGCCCGGACCGAGGCACCGGCCAAGAAGCCGGGAGAGGGUGUUGUCCGGCCGGAAGGCAGGCCCGCGGUUCCGCCAGCGGACGUGCAAGUAAUGGCCAGGCCUGCUGCCGCCGGCCGUGCCUCCGCCCCGGACCGAGACGCCAGACAAGACCCCGAGUGGGGGCGUCGACUGCCGGGACGAUAGUCUUGUGACUCCACCAACUGGCGUGAAAGCGCCGGCCAGGCCAGCGACCAUGCCCGUCACCCCAGGGGGGACGACGACGACAACCAGC